AUGUCUCUCAUCGUUGGAGAUGAUUUUCAACACAUCAUUCGCGUCCUGAACACCAACGUGGACGGUCGCGAGAAGGUGAUGUACUCGUUGACGAAGAUCAAGGGUAUCGGCCGCCGAUUUUCCAACUUGGUGUGCAAAAAGGCUGAGAUUGAUCUCGGGAAGCGCGCCGGUGAGCUGAGCGCGGCUGAGUUGGAAUCGUUGAUGGUGAUCGUGUCUAACCCGCGACAGUUCAGGAUUCCGGAUUGGUUCUUGAACCGCAAGCACGACUUCAAGGAUGGCAAGUUUUCGCAGCUGGUGUCGAACCAACUCGACACGAAGUUGCGCGACGAUUUGGAACGCUUGAAGAAGAUGCGUAACCACAGAGGUCUCCGACACUACUGGGGUAUUCGUGUCAGAGGGCAACACACGAAGACCACUGGACGUGGCCGUCGUUAAUUUUCUGCGAGACGUCGAGCGGCGUAUUCGCCGCCCGGCAAAGCCGAAAACCCUUAGCGAUAUUAGAUGCUCGUCGUACGAUGUAGUACACUCCACACCAU